AUGAUGCAUCGUUGUUGCAGUAGCUCUCAGGGGCACGUGACGGGAACGUGCACAUGCGGUAUGUUUCAUGGCCAAACCAAUUCUUACCCUAUGCUAUUCUCCAUGCCCAAUCAAAAUCCCUACGAUGAUUAUGAAUCCGACGUGUAUUCCUUCACGCCCUCUUCUUCUUCCGUGGACUGCACGCUCUCCCUUGGAACCCCAUCCACACGUUUAACUGAAGACGAAGAGAAACGAACCCGCCAUGACCGUCGAUCUUCCGUCACCAAUUUUUGCUGGGAUAUAUUGCAAUCAAAACACAACCCACAAUCUCAAAACAAAUCCAACAAAGGAAGCAAUGGUAACAACAACAACAACAACCACAAUGAUCCUCUCCUCGCUCGUCGUUGCGCUAAUUGCGAUACCACUUCCACACCCCUUUGGAGGAAUGGUCCUCGUGGCCCAAAGUCACUAUGCAAUGCUUGUGGGAUUAGAUUCAAGAAGGAAGAGAGAAGAGCCAGCGCUGCAGCCGCCGCCGCCGCAACAACAGCCGUGGCUCACGACGGUUAUAGCUACCAGAACAACAAUUCGUGGUACGCACACUCGCAGGUUCAUGAUUCCGAUAGAGACUCAGAGAAUGGUGUUCCUUUUCUGUCUUGGAGACUUAACGUUGCAGACAGAACAACGAGUCUCGUUCACGACUUUACAAGAUGA